CGAUAGUAUGGAUCCUAAUCCUUCCGUGUCCCGCUCCCUGGACCUGACCGUCCUGGGAUUGAAUAGCGGUACUUCGAUGGAUGGAAUCGAUUGUGCUCUGUGCCAUUUCCAACAAGAAACGCCAGAUUCACCCAUGAGGUUCGAGCUUCUCAAGUAUGGUGAAAUCCCCCUAGAACAAACAAUCAAGCAACGCGUCAUGAAUAUGAUCCUCCACAAUAAAACCUCUCCCUCUGAGUUAUCGGAGGUGAAUGUCAUCCUUGGUGAGACAUUUGCAGCGGCCGUCAAGGAGUUCUGUGCACAAUAUAAUGUUGAUAUCUCGUCGAUCGACAUCAUUGGUUCCCACGGUCAGACCAUCUGGCUUCUGUCUAUGCCUGAAGAGGGAGAGGUCCGCAGUGCUCUUACCAUGGCUGAGGGCUCCUUCAUUGCCUCCCGCACGGGAAUCACUACUGUGACCGACUUCCGGGUUAGUGACCAAGCAGCGGGUCGCCAGGGAGCACCGCUCAUUGCUUUUUUCGAUGCCUUGGUCCUGCACCAUCCGACAAAGUUACGCGCUUGCCAGAAUAUUGGUGGAAUUGCAAAUGUUUGUUUUAUUCCGCCUGAUUCCCUAGGGGGUGUUGAUGCCUGCUACGAUUUCGAUACCGGCCCGGGUAAUGUAUUUAUUGACGCCGUUGUCCGACAUUACACCAACGGCCAGCAGGAGUAUGACAAGGACGGCGAGAUGGGCGCUCGCGGCAGAGUGGAUCAGGAUCUGGUAGAUGAAUUUCUUCAAACUCACCCCUACUUCCGGCUUGACCCACCGAAAACCACUGGCCGCGAGGUAUUCCGAGAUACUCUAGCAUUUGAUCUCAUUCGCAAGGCAGAAUCCAAAGGUCUUGGCCCCGAUGAUGUCGUUGCGACUGUUACUCGCAUUACCGCGCAGGCUAUCGUUGACCAUUACCGCCGCUAUGCCCCCAAAAAUAUCCCUAUCGAUGAAAUCUUUAUGUGUGGAGGCGGCUCUUAUAACCCAAAUAUUACCCAGUAUAUACAAGCACAGUACCCCGACACGAAGAUUCUGAUGCUGGACCAAGCAGGCAUCCCCGCGUCCGCAAAGGAAGCUAUCACUUUUGCCUGGCAGGGCAUGGAAGCAAUCGUGGGCCGUUCUAUUCCCGUCCCCACCCGGGUUGAGACUCGACAGCCAUAUGUCUUGGGAAAGGUAUCACCAGGUAAGAACUAUCGCAGGGUGAUGCGGCAAGGAAUGCAGUUCGGAGGUGAUACGGACGGGCUGUCUCCAGUAAAGGAGAUGGUCAACUACGUGAACGGAAAGGAGUUCAAUAACAAAUGGUGA